ACUUACCUCAUGGCCGGAUUUUCUGUCUUCUAUCUUCUUAAUCACUUCUGUUAAAAGCCGGCAUUUGGGGCCAUUUGCUUUGCCAGCUCUUGCCCAUCAUCAUGUCGUCAGGCCAAGAUCAAACACCGGCACUUGGCGCAAUAAUAUGGCUUGCCGUGCGCCCAAUGAUCCGCCUUGUUGCCUCAGUGUCUUUUGGAUAUCUGUUGUCGAAAAAAGACCUUCUUAGUGCGGGUGCCGCUCGAGGCUUGGGACAGAUAAUACUCAAUGUCACUCUCCCAUGUCUUAUGCUGGCCAAGCUGGUACCGGCGUUCAACUCUCAGAAUGUCGCUGCGCUAGGCCCACUUGUCUUAGUGGCCUUACUGUACCAGGUCAUCGGCUUCGUAUUUGCAUAUGUUAUUCGCAUCGUGUUCUAUGUACCACCGCGGUUCCAACGAGGUAUCCUUGUAGCUGGCGCGUGGAGCAACUGGGGUGAUGUUCCGGUUGCCGUGCUCACGAGUAUUACUAGCCAAGCACCCUUCAAUCCCUCCACAGAUUCAACGUUGGCAGUUGCAUAUAUCGCCCCAUUCCUGUUGGUGUACACAAUUACGCUGUUCCCGCUGGGCGGCUAUCGCUUGCUCCUCAGAGAUUUCAAGAAUCAGGACCCCAUGGUAGAAGAAGGAGGUGACCCUGGGAUCCGUGCUCGACUGAGAAACCACAUCGACCUUUUCCGGAACAAGCUGGCUGAUGUUUGCUCCAUUGCUGGUAGGUUUGGCAGUUCGACAAGGCAGAAUUCUGCAGAAUGCGAAAAAAUAGGAGAAGCAAAGAGCACCACCGAAGAUACAUCUGCAGAGCAGGUGGCAGAAGUCCACAAUAGACGGCAUGUCACUUUCUUACCCGACGAGUCCACAGUGGCCCCUACGAAUGUCGAGCCUUUCUCUCCAAACGGCACCACCCUAAAUGGAUUAGAAGAAGGCCUACGCGUGCGACCGGUCUCUCCUUUGACCUCCACUGGACCCAUUCGCCGGAUGCGCGCCUUUUUACUUUCCUUAAUAGAGCCUAUCACUGUUACAAUCCUCGCAGCUAUCCUUAUCUCGCUUGUUCCGACCUUGAAAGCGCUCUUUGUUCCGGGCGUUGCCGGAGAAAGCAUCCCGCCUGCACCUGAUGGGCAACCUCCACUGGCGUUUGUGCUCGACAUCGCUACUUUCUUUGGCAACGCCUCCGUCCCCCUCGGCCUUCUAUGUCUUGGGUCCGCCUUCGCAAGGAUGAACAUACCACGGCCCCUCCGAAAUGCCCCCCUCGCUUCCAUGGUCGCGCUUGCAUUGGCGAAGAUGAUCCUCCUUCCGGUCCUUGCAGUGCUCAUCGUACAGUGCCUUACAUACCACACAAGUCUGAUGGACCCCAACGACAAGGUUCUACGCUUUGUUGCCAUCUUUAUCUCUGGUGUUCCGACUGCAACUACACAGGUGUACCUCACCUCCGUCCAUUCCCCUUCAGGUGAAUGCCAGGAUCUUCCAGGUUAUCUGAUCGCGCAAUACGUCGUAUAUCUGUUUACCGUUGUUAUCCUGAGUGCAUUUGCCUUGCAUAUCCUUUUCUAGGCAUCAUAUGUUGGAUGAAACCACUCCGUGAUCACACAUGCAAAUCACUGUUAAUCCAAUGUAGUACACCGUACAUAAUAGAACAUUUCUUCCAGGAAGAGAGGGUCAGUCCGUCCUCUUUGCACGCCCUUGACGAUCCAGCGUCACGUGGGGAGGACACUAUAUACCAGAUCUAUAAUAUGGAUACCAAAGACGCAGUGCCCUCAUGAAGGCCAAUCCCGCAAAUCGAAAUCGCCAUCCCACGAGACACGCCCAGCGCUUAAUUCGAUGUAUUCGGGAUGUUCGGGAACAGGCUUCUCCUGAUCAAAUCCAUACUUUCGAAAUAGACUCUUGAAAGGCUCAUUCACUACGGGUAUUCGAACGUAGAAGUUGUAAGGUGCCAAGUGCAGACCAGACUCGGUUGAUGUCGCAUAGGAAAGCAGAAGCCCCAAUGUAUCGUAGUCAUAGCCAGCCCGUAUGAAUGCAGCCUCUGCGAUAAAAAUCAUAACUUCUGCCAUUCGCCCCCUGUUGCCAGGAUGGAGAAACAAGCGUACUAUGCCAAUCGUCGGCAGUGCCUUGAUCUCCUGAUCAGUUAGAUCGCUAGCUUGUCUGUCGCGGGGCGCCGCAAGAACAACAGCAACAAAAGUGUCUUCAUCUUCCUGCCAAACAUUUGGCAACAUGUAAUCCUGCUCAAUUUCAAGGAGUUCCUCUGCUCUUCCUUCGACCUUAUGCAACCAUCUUCGGUAAAUCUCAACAUGCUCUCGUCGAUAGGGGACAAAUACAACGUUCUGCCCGGUGACAGCCGUCCUCGCAUUCAGGUGCAUGGAUGACCGUAAUGAAGGACACAGAAGCCACUGUAUUCAGGGUAGAUUGACCGAGGACAAAAGGGGAGGCGUAGUCAUUGAAUGGUCGUGGCGAUCAACGUUGUGUCGUUCGCACUAUGAGGUUACAUAUGG